AGGGGAGGUUGAAACACCCAGGGUAUUUUUGCUACAGUUUUUAUGAGGUGAAAAGGUACUUUUUUGGCACCUCUAUGUCUUCAAUGGAGGGGUGCAGCUAUUGUCUUUAGUAUGAGUACCUCUCCCCCCUGACAAUGACCGUGGAAGUCUGGUGAAAAGUAAAAUACAUGCGCAGUGGACAUCAUAAAAUUUGCCCGUCCCCGUAAGACAAAGUCCCCCAGAGAAAUACGUUCUUUGAUAAAAAAACCCCCAGUAAUUUAUGGUUAAACAAUGAAAAGAAACAGUUCAAAGCGGAAAGAACCGUCAGCCUCGGAACCCACUACGUCUGGUGAUGGAUCAAAAAAGAAAAAGAAAGUACAUGGAAAAUCACCUGGGAGUUCAUUGGUAUCCACUGACGUUCCCUAUGUUGAAGGUGACGUUAAAGAGGAGAUAUGUAAGAAGCCAUCAGAAGCGCUGGCACAGCACCUUGGUAUGAAACUGGAGUACAGCAUACCUCCAAAUGAUACAAAUGACAUGAAUUACCAGAAAUUUUUUCGAAUUGUUCACAAACAAAUUUCUUCUGUAAACCCUGGAUUUCCUAAUUCAAAAAUUGUUUCACUUGUGGCUGCAGCUUGGAAAGACUACAAAGUACAUAUGCUAAAUAAAGGUGUUGAUAAUAAAGUUUGUGAAGCAUCUAUAUCCAACACUGGUACACAGGAUGCUGAGGGAAGGACAAAUGUUGAUAUACAGGAUACUGAGGAGAGUAAAACAGAAAUAAAAAAGUCAGGAAAGAAGAAGAGAGUUAUUGCUCCAAUUAAGAUAAAACUUGCAAAGAUACCAGCUAAUCAGAAAGCCAACAAAGCAUUGGAACAGUCUGAUGGUUCCAACAGUGAUAAUGAAGAUGUUCCUGUGAGGAAGAAGUUGAAAAAUCGUACAGUUCAAGAAUUAGGUGAUGACACUGAUAGGUCAAGUGAUGCCGGUAGUACCAGUAGUCGCACAAAAAAACGUAAGGUUAUUUCAAAAAAGAAAAAUGUACUGGUAACAGAACAAGAUUCUGGGGAAGAUGAAAAACCAAAGAAAAAGAAAUCAAAAGCAAGUGAUCGAACAAAAACAAAAAAAGAAAAAAAGAAAGUGGUUAAAAGACGACGUUUAAUGAAACAAGAUGAGCAGGUUGAUGAUGAUGAUGAUGUAAAUGAUGAUGAUGAAGAUGAUCAACAUCAAGAUUAUUGUGAAGUUUGUGAAGAAAGUGGUGAACUUUUACUGUGUGAUACAUGUUCAUUAUCUUACCAUUUACAUUGUCUUGAUCCACCAUUGGAUGAAGCACCACAAGGAAUAUGGAGUUGUCCUAAAUGUGAAGAAGAAGAUGCCGAACAGAUGGAAUCUGAUGUUCAUUUUGAUUUCUGUCGUGUUUGUAAAGACGGCGGGGAUUUAUUGUGUUGUGAUUCAUGUCCAUCUUCGUAUCAUAUUCAUUGUUUGAAACCACCUUUGAAAGAAAUACCUGAAGGAGACUGGAGAUGUCCACGAUGUAAGGUUGCUCCGUUGGAUGGAAAGGCAGCAAAGAUUUUGUUUUGGAGAUUUGUGCAAUUACCAAGUAACACGUCCACAGCUGAUGGCAAUAACGUAACUAUUGUCAGUGACAUAAAGUCAAAGGAACAUGUUGUGCGACAGUUCUUUAUUAAAUGGCAGGAAAAAUCCUAUUGGAAAUGUUCUUGGGUUGAAGAAAUGCAGUUGGAAGUUCAUCAUCCAGGUUUAUUGAGUGCCUACGUCCGUAAGAAUGACAUGUCAACCAAUCAGCAACUUGAUCUCGAUGACGUCAAUUGCGAUGAGAUUAUUCAUUUGCAUGAAGCUCGUAAGAAAGUGAACGAAAAUGAUUUGGAAGCAAGAUUUUAUCGUUAUGGUGUGAGGCCUGAAUAUCUCCAAAUUCAGCGUAUUUUAAACUCCAGAACGGGAAAAGGCAAAACUUUAUAUCUUGUGAAAUGGCAAGAACUUGCUUAUAAUUUAAGCACAUGGGAAGAUCCUGAUGAUGAAUAUAAUUCUCUGAUAAAUAAUUUUAAAGACCAUAUCACUAAGUACGAAAAGUUCAGGGAGGCUUACGAGAAAAGUAAAAAAGGAAAGAAAGUUAGGAAAACAAAGCCAAGUUCUGAUUGUCGACAAAAGUUCCAUAAACAACCAGAAUAUCUUGACGCCACUGGAGGAACAUUACAUAAAUAUCAAAUGGAGGGUUUGAAUUGGUUACGUUUCUCGUGGGCUCAAGGAACCAACACGAUACUUGCAGAUGAAAUGGGACUGGGGAAGACAAUACAGACUAUAACAUUUAUUUAUUCUUUGUUCAAAGAGGGUCAUUGUAAUGGUCCUUUUUUAAUCGCCGCUCCACUUUCGACGUUAAUAAACUGGGAACGAGAAUUUGAAUUCUGGGCUCCUGACAUGUAUUGUGUGACGUAUAUUGGUGAUAAAGAUUGUAGGGCUUCCAUAAGAGAACACGAGUUCUCUUUUGAAGAAAAUGCCAUUCGCCUUGGUACAAAAGUCUAUCGUAUGAAGAAAGAUGCACCUGUAAAAUUCAAUGUUUUAUUGACAUCGUAUGAACUAGUGGCUAUUGACAGUACAAUUCUUCAGUCUAUUGACUGGGCAAUACUUGUCGUCGAUGAAGCUCAUAGACUGAAGAACAACCAGUCACGUUUUUUUCGUGUGUUAAACGAUUACAAUAUUGAUUACACUUUGCUGUUAACUGGCACACCUCUACAAAACAAUCUUGAAGAAUUGUUUCAUCUUCAAUUUUUGGAUCCCAAUUUAUUCAACGAUAAAAACAAAUUUCUUGGAGAUUUUGAAGAUGUCGCUAAAGAGGACCAGAUCAAAAAACUUCAUGAGAUUCUUGGCCCUCACAUGUUACGACGUUUAAAGGCAGAUGUUCUUCACGACAUGCCUUCCAAAAGUGAAUUGAUUGUUCGCGUGGAACUUAGUCCUUUGCAAAAGAAAUACUACAAAUAUAUUUUAACGAGAAAUUAUGAGGCAUUAAAUGCUCGUGGUUCUCAGACUGUCUCCCUGUUAAACGUUAUGAUGGAACUAAAGAAAUGUUGUAAUCAUCCAUAUCUUUUCUCGACAGCUGCAUUGGAAGCCGCGAAAAACGAGAAUGGUCAUUUUGAAGUGAACGAGUUGACCCAAGCGUCUGGAAAGUUUGUUUUAUUGGCAAAAAUGUUGAAAAAACUAAAGGAACAAGGACAUCGAGUUUUAAUAUUUUCUCAGAUGACGCGGGUGCUGGAUUUACUGGAAGAUUUUCUUGAAGGUCAUAGUUAUCAGUAUGAACGUAUAGAUGGAAAUAUUACUGGUCAAAUGAGACAAGAUAGUAUUGACAGGUUUAAUGCUCCCGAGGCGGAGGCGUUCUGCUUUCUACUUUCCACUCGAGCUGGAGGACUGGGAAUAAAUUUGGCUUCUUCUGAUACCGUGUUCAUCUUUGAUUCAGACUGGAAUCCACAUAAUGAUAUACAGGCUUUUUCACGUGCACAUCGAAUUGGUCAACGAACCAAGGUGAUGAUCUAUCGUUUCGUGACACGAGCAACUGUUGAGGAACGUGUUACUGAGGUUGCUAAGAAGAAAAUGAUGCUUACUCAUUUGGUUGUGAGACCAGGACUUGGAUCUAAUAAAGGAGCAAGUAUGUCCAAGAGAGAACUCGAUGAUAUAUUGAAGUUUGGAACUGAAGAGUUGUUUAAAGAUGAUAACGCUAAAGAUGGAGAACCUGGAGAUGCUGGCUCUAUUCAUUAUGAUGACGCGACAAUUGACAAUCUACUGGACAGAAAUCGAGAGGGAGUGGAAGAGAAAUCUUUGUUGGCCAAUGAAUAUCUUGCUUCAUUUAAGGUUGCUAGUUAUAUCGUCAAACAAGAUGAUGAACAAGAUAAAGUGGAAGUUAUAAAGGAAGCAGAAAAACCUGAUCCCGAGUAUUGGGAGAAGUUAUUACGUCAUCAUUAUGAACAACAGCAAGAAGACAUCCAAUCAAAACUUGGAAAGGGAAAAAGAAUACGUAAACAGGUGAACUACCUCGACUCUCACGUGGAUGAUGGCAGAGACAAAGCAUGGAUUGCUGGAAAUUUCUCUGAUGGAGAAGAAGGUGUUGAUGAUGAAGAUGAAUAUAAGAAAUCGGAAGGACAAGGUCGUAACAAAAGACCGAAACCUGAUUCAGAUUACGUUCCACCAUUAUUGGCUAAAGUGAAUGGAAAUCUUGAAGUACAUGGAUUUAACAUUCGACAACGUCGGGCUUUUUUAAAUGCAAUAAUGAGAUAUGGUCUGCCUCCAAAGCAAUCGUUUCGAACUCAAUGGUUUGUUCGUGACCUGAGGGGAAAGACUGACAAAGAAGUGCAGACCUAUGUGUCAAUGUUUAUGCGUCAUUUGUGUGAGCCCACACCAGAUACUGUACCGACUUAUGCGGAUGGCGUUCCUAAAGAGGGAGUACAACGUCAUGUCGUAUUGAACAGAAUUGGUAUCAUGAGUUUAAUUAGGAAGAAGGUUGACGAAUUUUCACCAUAUAAUAUUUUACCAAAGCCGACCAUCACCAGUCCAGUAAAGGAGAGCAAACAAAAUAAAACGAUCGAGAUAAAAGAUCCUGCAGUUAAUGUUGUUGAAAAGUCAUCUAAUAAAGAGAAGGAGAAAAAAUCAGAAGAAAAGAAAACUGAUGAGAAUAGAGUGCUGUCCGAGGAAACAGCAAAGGAGACUGGAGAGAAAACUGGAAAUGAGGAUAAUGUGAAGGAUGUAAAGGAGGUGAAGGAGGCAACAGAUGGAGAGAAUGUUGAUAGUUUAAAACAACCAUCUUCUACUGAAUCCAGCAAAGAUACUAUGAAUAACGUUAAAAUUGAUAAAGAUAACAGUCAAGAUACUUCUAAGCAAGAUAAUAAAAUUCCUCCUCCUAUCAAAGAUACGAAGAUUGAUAAAGACGUUGAAAAUAAAAACAGCGAAAGCGAUAAAAAAGAAGCUGGAGAAGGUGAUGCAAAAAAUGUUGAAAAUCCUGUGCCGAAAAAAGGCCCUACUAAACAUCCUCCAUUGGAAGAAAAGAAAGAUCCAAGAUUUGCUUUAUUAAGUCCUGAGGAUUUUGCACGUCUUCGCUCUAAAGAAUUUGUUUUUAAUAUUGCUGAUGGUGGCUUUACUGAACUUCAUACUAUCUGGGAGGUGGAAGAACGACAGAAGAGAGAUGAUAUUUGGUGGAGAAAACAUGAUUAUUGGCUACUUGCGGGACUAGUUGUUCAUGGUUAUGGUCGAUGGCAAGAUAUUGCAAAUGAUCCAAAAUUUACCGUAGUCAACGAACCUUUUAGAAGAGUUUCUCUAGAGUACAAAAACAAGUUUAUAUCUAGACGAUUCAAGUUACUGGAACAGGCAUUGAUUGUCGAAGAACAGAUAGAAAGAGCGAAAAUUUUGAAUUUACAUCAAGAUCCAAAACUUCCAGUUAUGGCGUUAAACUCGAAAUUUGCUGAAGUACAGUGUUUAGCUGAAAGUCAUCAGCAUUUAUCUAAAGAAUCAUUAAAUGGAAAUAAACCUGCUAAUGCUGUCUUACAUAAAGUUCUCAACCAGCUGGAAGAUUUGCUGUCAGAGAUGAAAAAUGAAGUGGGACGUUUACCAGCAACUUUAAUCAACCUUCCUCCAGUUUCAUCUCGACUUCAAAUGACUGAGAGAAGUAUCUUGAACAAGUUGACACAGAAGAAACCGGAGUCUGUUUCUGAGGAUCCAAAACAAGCUGUUGCAGGUCAACAACAUGUACCUAUUCCUCAAACCAGCGUGUCUUCUAAGUCUGCCAUUAAUGCAACGAAUGGCGAAAAGUCAGUUAGUCAUGUGCAGAUUUCAACAGAGAAAGAAAAAACAUCGGCAAACAGCAAUGAAUCUGGGAGUAACGAGACGAAGAAGUCUGGAGAUAUCAUACUUAUUGAAUAAAGAUGAUUGUAUUUACUGUAGCUAUUUUUCAACUUCUUAAUGUAUAUUAUUUGAAAGAUUUCUCUGUGAAAAACAAGAAAUCUUUAAUUCUCUUCUGUGUA